UUCAGUUCGCUUAUUUCGUUUAAUUUAAAGUUUUCAGGUAUGGGAAAAUCAUCUCAUAAAUCUAGGAAAAGAAGAAGGUCUUCAUCUUCGGACCGGAUUGCGGGUUUGGAGAGAAAGAUGUCACGAUUAAUUGACAUUCUCUCCCAGAGUGAGGUUAGGAGGCCCCGAUGUCCCUCCCCGCAGGUUAGAUUCGGCUCUGCGAUUACGCAGACGAGCCAAGGGUCACGCAUUGAGACAAAGGAGGUCUCUGUUACAAGAUCCUUCUCGGAUCCGGAUCUAUUGACUCCCCAGGUGGAGUCAGCGGACCCUCCAGACGGUUUAUUGCGUUUUCCAAUGGCAGGUGAGGCAGGUGAGGUGGAGACACUCCCUGCACAGCCUGAUGUCUCUCUCGAAAAUAGUUCGCCACCGCCUAUAGCGGACAUAGCCGAGGACGAUACCGGCUCUCUUGUCAGGCAACUGUUUGGUGAUCGUGAGAAUGAGGAGUUUUCACCCUGGGAGGACAUCGUGAUCCAGACGUGGCGAGACCUGACUCGUAGAGGUUUGGCAACCGAUCAACGCGAGUUACUUCUAAAGAAAUACUCCCCUCCAGAGCCCAUGGCUUUUCUUAAGGCCCCUGUAUUAAAUCAGGAAUGCAGGGUCGCCCUCAAGAAUAAUGCGGUAGUCAAAAGAGACGAUUUUGCGGGGAAAAAUCAGGAUCAAGCAGGUAUAGCCCUCUGCGCCUUGGGCGAGGCCAUUUUGGAUUUUCUCACGCCAGCUACUCGGGAUUCUCUCAGCCUCGAAGCUCGCCUAGCUGUCGCUAAGGUCAAUGACGGAGCGAAGAUUUUGGCGGAUCUUUUUCACCGGCUCUCUCGGGCCAGACGAGCGCAAAUUACACCUGCGCUUAACCUAACUGCCAAGACCACGGCGGAUGCUAUCCCAUCCGACGAGCUUCUAUUUGGUUCCUCGUUCGGUGAGCAGAUUAAAAAAGCAGCUUCCAUGCAAAAGACGUCCAAGGAUAUAGUUAGGACUCCGCUUGCGGUAAAUAGAAGAGUGCAACAGCCAAUGUCACAACCAUUACGGGUGGCUCCAUACAGAUCGGGAAAUGCCCGAGCCCCUGCGUCUCACACAAGGACGGCGACAAAGAGAUCAGGGGCGAGCACCAGUCGCCGGUCAUACCGAGCCAGAUCUCAGUCGAGGUCGAGGAGGCAUUAAGCGCAGAAGAGGUAAUAGUGGGCGGUAGGUUAGCCCUUUUCUUGCCCCAUUGGAGGCAGAUCACUUCUGAUCCAAGAAUUUUAGAGGCUAUCUCGGGCUACAAGCUGCCUUUCACGGGACAACUGCCAGCUCAGGCCAUCGAGCCCUCUGUCCAUUUAUCUCUGUCUGAGGAGCAGAUCUGCUCUCAGGAGAUCUCCAGGCUUCAAAGUAGGGGAGCAAUUGAGAGGGCUAUAGACUGCGAGAAUCAAUUUCUGUCUCCGUAUUUUGUAAUUCCCAAAUCUUCUGGGGGUUGGAGAUUUAUUCUCAACCUGAAACACUUGAAUCGUUUUAUCCUUGCUCCGCAUUUCAAGUUAGAGGACUGGAAGACCGUAAUUCGCCUCAUCUCGCCGGGUGAUUAUCUAGCCUCUAUUGACUUGGAGGACGCAUAUUUGUUGGUGCCCAUUUAUAGCGAACACAGAAAGUUCUUACGCUUUCGUUUUCAAGGUCAACUCUUUCAGUUUAGAGUUUUACCUUUUGGCCUUGCCUCGGCUCCCUAUAUAUUCACGAAGAUUUUAAAACCGGUGGUAUCUUCCCUUAGAGUAAGAAACUUCUUUUCUGUAAUCUACUUGGAUGACUUCCUCUUAGUUGCGGCAUCAUAUGAUCAAUGCCUAGAUAACAUCUCCACUACAAUGGAAUUGUUAUCUUCUCUAGGUUUUCUGAUUAACAAACGCAAGAGCGUUCUGAUUCCCUCAAGAGCUUGUCAAUUUCUGGGUUUCGUUUUUGACACGGACUCCUUUUCAGUUUCCAUUCCUCCAGACAGGAGAAAGAAGCUUCUUCAGAAAACUUUGGAUAUGUUAUCCAGGGACAGUUGCAGAAUUCGCCAUUUAGCAAGCUAUAUUUGUUCCUUGAUCUCUGUUUGUCCAGCGGUUCAGUACGGUAUGUUACACACAAAAAUUUUAGAAAGGGAAAA